AUGAAUUUCUGUCAGCAGUACCCCAAUGCUAUUCCAUAUCCUAGGAAGAAGCCUUUUGGCCCUGCUUUCCUUCAUAAUGGCAUGAAAUGGGUUUUCUUCACCGGGGCUCGUAUGCAAGUUGAAGGGCAACCGCCUCAUUGGAUGUAUAUCGAUUUACCUUCUUGCUGUGACCCUGAGAUGAGCUUUUAUUUGCCUGAGGUUCCUUUGGAACCUCAAUGGAAUGUGAUCAUGACGGAAAACGACAUACCUGACGGGGAUCCUUUCAUCUCCCAGAUCUCUGAUGGCGUCCAGGACCAACAGUAUAUUAUUCCUGCGAGUAACCUCCCGUCUAUGCCUCCUAACCGCCAAUUUGCACGCAUGACCCAUCCAGGAUUCCAAGUGGGUCGAGACACCCCCUUGUACCAGAUGCUCCGGCAGUUGGUUCCCACCGUGACCAAUAGCCCUCCGCAGCCGUCCCCAGACGGUUCAGAUCAAGCCCAGGCGGGAUCAAGUCAAGGCAGCGUUGCCAACGGUCGUCGUGAACCGGAACAGCCUGACACACAGUCCAGAGAACCGUCACCACUUCAAAAUGGUUCUGGCAUCGAAAAUGAUAUUCUUAUCGCCGGAGGAUUAAAAGUCACAGACGACAACGCUCAAGAUCUCCUUCCUCGUGAAGCUCGCCUUUUUAUCGGAAAUCUACCAAGUGCUCUUGAUCCACCUCAGACGGUGUUCGAGCUCAAGAGGAUGCUCGGCGAAUACGGACGUUGUUAUGUCAUAGUGAAGACGAACCCUAAUUCUGGUUUGAGAACCGCCUUUGUGCAAUUCGAGACACCGGAGGUUGCGAAGCGAGUCUCUCAAAUGAGAAAUGGUCAAGAAUCGGUAUUCAAGCUGCAGCAACGCACUCUCCGGUUCGAGAUGGCGAAAGGAAGAAGGAGUACACUCAUUGGCACACAUUCCUCCGAAGCCCCUCUACCAGUCCAAAGGCCCACACAAGAAGCCAUUGAGGGCAUAUUUGAGCCGACCCAUGAAAUGAACGGUGAAGGUCACGCCGAGCCCGCACAUGAGAUGAACGGCGAUGCCAGCGGUGAGCCCGCAAUGAAUGGCGAGGGCAGCAUCGAGCACGCAAAUGAUAUGAACGGCGAGAGUACAGUUGAGCUCCUGGAAGACAAUACUGGGGCGAUCCUCGAAAGCAGCGAGCCAGCUGAUGAAUCGAAUGAGAGGUUCUAUAACGCACAUGCCAGCGGCACCCGCUCGGCUCCGUGCCUAUCUCCCUCAUGGGGGGUCCAUGUAAUCGCCGAGGAGCAGCGCCUAGAUGAUUUCAUGCUAUAA